UAAAAAUUAACUAAAUUACUAAAUGACAUCAGUUUUGCCACUUGAUCAAGAGACAAAUUAACUAAACGCCUCUAGUUAACCAAAUGAGGCCACAAUUGAUGAAUAUGAUGAGUUUCGAAGACCUCCUAUAUUAGAAAUAUGCAUCAAACAUUAAGUAACUAUUUUUAAUUAUUAAGUCUGCUACAUAAUUUGCUAUAGCAGAUGAGAAGAUUGAUUUAAAUAAAAACAACUUAUGUCCUUGUUGUGGAUAACCAGUUAUUCUUAAUCAAUUACCUUUAACAGCAUCUAUUUUAGAUUUCAGUUUCAAUGGACCUGGAGUUUCCCUUUAUUUUGAUUUUUUAGUGUUUAGCUCAAUAUUGAUUUCUACAUUUAUGUAAUAGAUAUAAAAAUUGUAUUAGAAUAAUAUGUGGAAUAUAUGAUUUGAUAGCAAGUUCUUUGGGAGAUACAUGCAAGAAAUUGAAUGCUAUUGGUGAAUUAGAAUGUGUUGAUAAUUAUUAUAGCAAAUUUGCAAAAUCUAAUCAAGAUAAUAGAGAUCCAGAUAUUGCAGGGAGUGUAUUAAACUUUAUUACAACAUUAAUUAUAAUUGUGCUUUUGUUUUUAUAUAGGAAAAGAAUUAAUAUAUUGGCAAAUAAAAUUGAUGAAAAGAGUAUUUUGGCUUCAGAUUAUUCAAUAAUUGUUGAAAAUAUCCCAAGAGAUGCAAAAGAAGAAGAGAUUAGAGAAUUCUUUAGCAAAAUAAAUAAUCAUGAAUAUAAAAUAGAAAAGAUUUGUAUGGGAUUUCAGAUAUAAGAAUAUUUGAGAAUUUAAAAAUAAAAGUUAGAUCAAGAAAAGACAUUUACUAAGAUUUUAGAAUGUGAGAGAUUAGGUAAGCCUAUUCCUCCUAAAUUACCAAAUAAGAUUGAUUUAACACAAACUUUAGAUUAAUUGGCAAAUUAAUUGAAUUAAUAUGAAGAGAAUUUUUAAAGUUCUUUUCAAUUUAGUGGAGUGGCUAUAAUAUCAUAUAAUACUGAAGAUGAAGCUAAUGCUGUUUGCAAAUUUUUUAGGGCUACUAGAUUGCAUCUUAUUCUAUCUUAAGUAAUGAGAGUAAUUGGAAAAAAGGAUUUGAGAAGAUUUAGAGAUAAUGUUAUAGUAGUAUCAAAAGCUCCUGAACCAGGAGAUAUUUUGUGGGGAAAUUUGGGAGUCACUUUGUUAGAAUAAUAUAAAAGAAAAUUUAUAACAAAUUUGGCAACAAUAUUGUUGUUAGGAAUUUGUUUUGGAAUAUUAUUUGGUUUGUCUUAUGGUUAAUUUUCAAUGAGUGACACAGAAAAAGGUUAAGAAUUAUCUUAAGCAGAAUUAGUAGCUAUUACAGUUUUAGGAGUAAUUGCAUCUGUGUUGAUUUCUAUUAUUAAUAAUAUUUUGGCUAUAAUAAUUAGAAAAUUUGCUGAAUUAGAAGCUCCAGCAACUAAAACUGAAUUUGAUAUCAGUGCAGCUAAGAAAUUAGGUUUUGCCUAGUUUCUUAAUACAUCUAUAAUAACUUUAAUUGUAAAUUUGGUAAUUGUCAAAAAAGGAGAAAGAUCAUCUUAUGCUAUAAUCAAAUAAGGAGGUUUGAAUUAAGAUGUAAUGUUUAUUUUCAUAACAAAUGCAAUAAUGCCAUGGCUAACAAAUUUGAUUGACCCAUUUUAUUUGUACAAAUUAUUUAUGAGAUUUCAAAUUCAAUCUUAGGGAUAAGCAUGCAAUGUAACUUAAUAGGAAGCAAAUGAGUAUAUAUAAUUAAUUACUAUUAAAGGUAUUUUGCAGGUCCAAUGAUAGAUUUAUCAAAAAAAUAUGCACAAUUAGGUAAAACCUUAUUGUUUACAUUCUUUUAUGCCUAUUUACUUCCACUUGGACCACUUAUAUCAUUAGGUUCAUUAGUGGCUAUUUAUUGGGUUGAGAAAAUUUUAUUGCUUAGACGAGAUUCGAAGCCAGCUCCAACAGGAAGUGAUAUGGCAGAAGAAAUGGUUGACUUUUUUGGAGAAUUCACACUUUUGUUAUAUGCAGUAUAUAAAAAAUUAAUAAACAUAGAUUGGUUGUCUUAUUUGGGAAUCAAUAUUGAAUUAAACUACAUUUCCUUUGACAUGGGUACAAUUUUCAAUAUCUAUAAUAAAUUUCUUAAUUCCUAUUGAUACUAUUUUUGAUAUGUUUUGGAAAUCUGAAGAUGUUUCAACUAAAGCACUUUAUUAAAACGAAUGUUUAAAAUUUUGGGAUGAUUAUGAUAGAAGAAAUCCAAUUACAGCUGAGAAAGCUAUUGAAACAUUUUUAAAGAAUACAAAUGCAGCACCUUAAUAAUAGGUUGAUGGAAGAGGGAAUUAUGUUCCAUAGAAUUUGGGAUUGAAAAAAUAAGAUAAAAAGAAAAAGAUGAAGAAUAAAUAUAAUAAGGAAGAUUGAGAC